GAUCUACCUAACCUUGUGAGCACUGCACGAUCGACCCGCGACGACGGGAAUCUCCGCCAAAGCUAUCCAUAGUCGAUCAGAGCAUCUUCGCACGUGUAUCCCGCUUUACUCGGGUUUCCGAACACAAUCACGGCAACCAUGGACCCAGGCAGGCAAGCCAUGAUCAACGGCUUGAAGUCGCCACGGAAGGACAGAGAAAGGAACAUCAUGGCGCCGCGCUACGAUCCCUCGAACCGCAUCGCAAAGCCCUCGCGCCAGCCACCAGCGAAGAGCAGCAAGGCUGGCGCUGCAGACAGAUACCUCACCCAGGAUCAGCAAGCGGAACAGUUCAUCGCCGACGAGGACAAGUUCGUCCUGAAGCAGGCAAAGAAGAAGGCCGACAUCCGGGUCCGAGAGCGACGCGCCAAACCGAUCGAUUACCUGGCUUUUGGCCUGCGCUUCAUCGACUCCGACCGCGACGCUUUUGACAAUGAUGAUGACGACGUGGAAAUUGCGAUACCCGCCCCAGAGGCCGUGCUCCAGAACUUGAACGAGGCGCAACUCAAGGAACUCGAGGAAGACAUUCGGUCAUACCACACUCUUGAGCACAACCCGCGCAACAAAGAAUACUGGACGGCGCUUCUCACGCUCUGCGCUGACCGCCGCCAAAAGCUGAAACCACAGGGCCCGGAAGGACGCGCGGUGACCUCCGUAGCGUCCGACGUCGACCGCAUUUUGAGCCCAAAGACUCUGGAGCAACUGGAGGCCUUGGAGAAGCAGAUCAAGGCAAAGCUGCAGUCGAAUGAGCCGAUCGAUACGGACUAUUGGGAGGAGCUGCUGAAAAGCCUUCUUAUCUACAAGGCCAAAGCCAGCUUAAAGAAGGUGUGCGCAGAGAUCAAGGAGGCCCGAGUCGAAAUCCUCAAGGCACGGGAUCCGGACAGGGCAGCAGCGUUGGCCGCUUCCGACGGAUUCGCCGAUACUGUUCCCGCCCUCAAGCCGGCUUCCCGCAAGGCCUUGGCUCGACCGUCCCCCGCGACCACUCAAGCCAGUUCCAGCGCCCCGCCGCCGGGCACCGCUCGGUUCGCGCCGUCAGGAAACGAGGACUUCUCGCAGGCGACGAAGGCGCUCUAUGAUCGAGAAGUUGCGCGCGGGAUUAAUGAAGGCGAGGAAAUCUUCACCGCGGAAGAGGCCGUUCCGGGCAUCCAGAGGCCCCUGUGGGCUGACAAGUACCGGCCGCGGAAGCCACGCUACUUCAACCGCGUGCUGAUGGGAUACGAGUGGAAUAAGUAUAAUCAGACCCACUACGACCACGACAACCCGCCCCCCAAGGUUGUCCAGGGCUACCGGUUCAACAUUUUCUACCCGGACCUCAUCGACAAGACCAAGGCGCCGACAUACAAGAUCAUUCGGGAACAUGGCCGUCGCAAGGGCGAGUCCGUUGCCCCUGCAGGCAAGGAAGACACUUGCCUCAUCCGUUUCAUCGCCGGCCCGCCGUACGAAGACAUCGCCUUCAGGAUUGUGGACCGGGAAUGGGACUACAGCGCCAAAAAGGAACGAGGGUUCAAGAGCAGUUUUGACAAGGGCAUCCUGCAACUACAUUUCCAGUUCAAGAAGAUUUAUUACCGCAAGUAGAUCACGGUCCUCGACCUCACAGUCCCGGCGCAGCGUUAGGCCAUUUUAGAAA